AUGAUUGCACUCACAGGAGCAGCGGAAGUCAUGGAAGACCCACCACCUGAAGAGGUCCCAUGGGCGCCACGCAUGGACGACAUCCGACAAGCGCAGCUGGCCGAGGUGGACGCUUUGGAGCGAGUAGUCGGAGCGCUUGCCUCAAAGCAGCAGUCGUCAAUCGCCAAACUUGGCAAACAGGUGGAGAUGAUGAUGGCCUGGAAGUCGGAGGUCGCAGACAUGAGUCGGAAAGCAGCGGCCAAGCGAAAGGCGGAGAACUUCGCGCGCAGGGCAAAUACUAGCGCCAAUACCGCGAACUUGACGGGAGCUUCUGGUGAAAACCUUGACGCGGGAGUUGCUAGGGAAGAUGAAACGAUUGCUGUUGGAGCCCCUGAGCAGAGCGACGUGGAUCGUUCGGCUCUUGUCGAGCAUGAUAUCGAGGAAUGGCACAACAAUCGAUCUGACGAGGCGCAUGAACAAGGAAGCGAGAUACUGGACAUCGACAGCAGUGACGAGAAGGAGAGCAAUAAGACAGAGCUAGAACGGGAAGUUCGGCAUCGGCAGGCGGCAAAUGAUGACGACAACUCUUCCCUGCCAUGUUCAGCUGAAGACGCGGCAAGGGGGCCAUCACACGGAGAGACAUAUACAACUUCAACGGAGAGCCCACAUCGGCAAAAUUCGGACGAGUCUAGCGCGGGGGGGGGGGAGUUUCCAAGCCGGCAAAAGCGCGGUUCGUCCUCGGGUUCUCAUUGGGACCCCUCCAACCUCACUGCUGUUGCGGGUCCCGAAGAUGAAGGUUUCGAAGAGAUCGAGCAAGACCCGCGACUAGAAAGGAAUGCAGGAACUCCAGUCGCGAAAGCAGGAGGUGGCACUGCCGGAGACGAUGAUAGACCCAAAGGCGCUAGCACCAUAGCAGGAAAAGUAUCAUCAGCAGGUGCGCAUUCUGAAGGACGACGUGGACAGCGGCCCCAGAAAGCCCGCAAGCGCGCGGGCACCAAGCCGAGAGUGAGCAAUAUUAAGGAGCCCACUCUGGCUGAUGCUCCGAACGAGAUCACAAGGAGAGAUGUAGAACUGUCAAAGAAAGGAGAGCGCAAGGAUCGGCAUGGGUCCUCGGCCUCUUCGCACUACAAAGACCACCAUAGUCAUCACAAGGAUAACAAGAAACGAGAAUCAUCUGGUGGGGUGCAAGGAAUGUUCGACGGAGCUAUGGGAGGGAAUCCGGUGCUCAUGUUUACAUCAAUGGCAAUGCAACUCCAGAGCCAAGAGACCGAGCUGGAGAACCUUCAACAUCAAUUGAUGAGCCUGGAAGCGGGUUGGGAUGGGCAAAGGCAAGCGCGAAGAGUCGGACAGGAGGACGUCAACAAAUCACACCACAACGAUCCACACAGCAGGGACCACCAGGCCAAGGCGGCCCUGGAUUCCGACGAGUACGCGCACCCAAAACAGCAGCAUUCGGGUCCACAGCCCGUAGCUCAAAGUAUGUCACUAGAGAGGCCGAGUGAAGAAAGCAGCCAAAUGGGGCGAGACCUAGGGAAGCUGCAGCGAGAGAUCAUUGCCGUUCGAGAUCGUGUGGAGGACCAGGAGAAGCGCACCGAGAUUUCACUGGAAGAGCUUGAGGCCUUGAUAGCUGCCAAGGAUGAGGAAUACAACCGAAGGUUUCUGAAACAGGCGCAACAAAACGCCGAUGCGAUCAACAGGCUUCUCGCGCGCCUAGAUUCCAACGCCGUCGACGAAAAGAGCAAGGUCGUUCACAAGGCUCUCGUUGAGCUGAAGCUGGAGCUUCGCUCGCUUCUCUCGUCUCUCGAGGCAAUAUCCAGCAACGAGAGAGGGCGAGGGUGCUGGAGGAGGAGAUUGGAGAUCCCGCUACGCUUGCCAAAGAUAUCGCCAUGGACAGCCCUGCGGCAAUGGUGGGUGAAGAGUUACAUUGGGGAAAAGGAGGGGCGGAAGGGUGGUGAGGAGAGGGAGCAUUUUUCCGACCGAGCGACGGACCUAGGCACCACGCUUUUCGCCUUCGUCAAAGCUCAGGUUCUGCAGGCACGUCGAGCGGAAGACGGGGGAAAUACCAAGCACCACCGUCGCACCUCCAGCGCUGAAGCCGCUACCGCCUUAGUCACAGCAAACCUCGCAGGAGGGGGCGGGAUCACCGAAGGCGCCACCGCGGAGGAAGGCGGGGGGGAAAAUGGUGGGAGCGAAGGGGUAGAGUCGUCGACGAGCGGCGCGUCACCUCAAGCGUGGGUCAAGCUCAACUGCCUGACCUAUACGAGACACGGCACCUCGGAAAAAAUGCCUUUUCCGGCAGGAAUGGUUGUGCUCUUGAAGGCCCUCUCGAACGUACUGAACCACUGUGUUGGCACCGGAGACCUUGCGGUAGGUACUUGCGUGUGCUUCGACUUGACUGAAGCUCCAAACCAUUUCACAACUCCACGCUUGUCACUUUUCAAGACAUGGGUGCGCACAACUUUGACACGGAAUGCGCCCCACAAGUCACCUGGGUGCCCUCCGAGAAAGCUUAAACGGCACAAUGACAGAAUAGCGAAAAUCAAGAUUCGACUUUCCGUGACGCUGGAGGACCUGACGGUCUACGUCGCUCAGCGCGCGGAUAAGGAACGGGAAUCGGUUAUCCGGCAGCUCAGCGCACCCGUGGAUAGCGUGAAGGGAAAGCUGGGGGAGAUGGAAAACACUCUUGCCGGCUUCCAACGAACGAUGCAUCUCGUCCUAAGCGAAGUGGAUGCAGAUAGAGAGCGCUCGCAGGCCAUCGCAGACCUUGGGACCACCGUGGAAACCAUGCAAGGGUUGUUUUCGCGACUUAGCAAAGAGCUUAGUUCAAAGGCCGGCGCAUCUGAGAUCGAGAAGGCGCUCGAAGACAUGACGUUGAAAAUCAACAAGUCGGCCAACGAACAGACGAAACUCCAACGGUUAGGCAGGGUGCUCGGGAAGGACCAGAACAGUUCGGUCGCAAUGAAACGACUUCAGAUCGAGCUAGAACAGGCUCGCGCGACGGCCAUUUUGUCCAUGGUCCCGAGCGACAAAGACGUCCUGAUCGGCUCGAAAUGUCUGUCGUGCAACCGCCCACUGGGAGGCUUCGGCACCCCACAGGUACCGAAAGGGCUCGACGAGUGGUACACGGGCGCGGGGGGACUGGGCGGCCGCAACGAUCGCGUUGUCGAAGUCGGAGGCGAGAACGGUGGAAGCGGUCACGGCGAACAGGGCAGGGGCGGUGGCAGGGGCGGCGACGGCAGCAGUGUUAACGGUAUCGGGACGUCCAGGACACCAGGGCGGACGCAACCCGUGAUGACCCCGGGAAAGAUAGCCCCGCGUGGAUCGGCGACGGCGUCUUCGGCGUCGGGCGAGCCCGGAACCGUUCCACCGAAAGGUCCUCAGGGUCCACUGCUCUUUGAGAGAACGGGAACGACGGACGAUGUGGGGGGUUCGGGAGGUCCGGGACUGAAAGGGCGGUUGCUGAGGGGAGGUGGAGGGGGCAGUGGUUCGGUGUCGGCGGACGGGAACGUUAGUGUCUCAAAGUACCCCCGGCUGGUGCCGUUGACAGCGCCAAAGUCAGCGCCGACGGUCGAAAAGUUGUAUUCGACCAAUGGCAGAGGAGCAACGUCAUCAACCGGCAGGCGGCCCUCUUGA